AUGAUUCAGAAGCUUGCCAAUAGGAAAUACCACUGUGUUGCAGAAGUACCCGAAUCUCAGCAAGAGCUUGCAUCGUCUUCUUGUUGUAUCUGCCAAUCACUUGCAAUACUCAAGUCGGAUGACUCGCAAACCUUUCUACACGCUCUAUCAGCUGGCUGGCUUUUCAAAGGGUUGACGGCGACUCGACUGUCGAAGCUCAAACUUACGGAUACAGUUCUAUUACGUCUCGACUCGAGGAAAGAAAAGAAAGAGACGAAAAUAGAUAAAGUCAUGGGCAGUCUCAUAGCUGUUGAACCAACCAAGCCAACCUCAGACCCGUUUUCCAGCUUUUUGCCUUCUCAACCCUGGCCUAGAACUAUUAAGUAUGAACAAAUCAAGUCUUGGAUCACCUACUGCAAUGCAAACCACGAUGACACUUGCACAUCAAAGGAGAUGACUCAGCUUCAGCCUUUCAAAGUCAUAGACUGCAUUUCUUACCAGUCUGGAGAGCCUAUCAAGCCUGUAUCACUUCCUAUGAAUCAGGAAUAUGCAGCUCUCUCAUACGUCUGGGGAGAAUAUGACAAAAAGCAGUCAGGUGUAAGCGAAUCAAAGGCUCCAGUCAUCAAUGAUAGUAUUGAAGUGACAAAGAGAUUGGGUUUUAAGUAUCUAUGGGUCGAUCGACAUUGCAUCGACCAAAAGCAAUCAGAAAAUUCGAAGAAGAAAGAAUUUGAGAUGAUGGACAAGAUCUAUUCCCAAGCCUCUUUCACCAUCAUUGCUGCAGCCGGGAAGGACUCUGCGGAUGGCUUAGCUGGGGUGACUGCACCGCGCGAUCAACAAAAAACACCGCUGCAAAUAGAUAACAUGCAAUUUCGCUGCCUUGGCAAACCACCCAGGGAAAAAAUUCAGUCCACUAAAUGGGCCGAAAGGGGUUGGACAUACCAGGAAGGAUUCUUAUCCCGGAGGAGGAUCUUCUUCACCAACGAGCAAGUCAUUUUUCAGUGCAACAACAUGACUUGCCUGGAGUCUCUGAGUAUCUCUAUGGAGGCGUUGCAUAUCAAAUCGGGCAGAGUACUUGAAGACAUUCAACCGUUAAAGAUAAAACCGCCAGAUACAAGCCGUAAAACCAUAGGAGAUCACAUCAUGGGAUACAGUGCCAAGCAACUUACGAAGAAAGAAGAUUCCCUAGAUGCCUUUUUGGGUAUCCUCAGCUACUACGAGGCGAAAUACUCCUGGGGUCAAUUUCUGGGAAAUCCGAUACAUGAUGAGGAGCCUCACAUGAUAAAUGCAUGGUAUCAUCUGAAGCCCGCAACUCGGGUCAGGAAGUUUCCAAGCUGGUCAUGGACAGGCUGGCGGGGGAGAUUGAAAUUAACGAGCCGCGACAACCCAGAGUACAAACUUGAAUUAGCAACCUUGACUGGAGAGAUCGUAGAUAUCGAUGUGUACAAAAGGCGAAGGCUUUUUGAGCGGCCUAGGUUGAAACCGUUCAUUCAGUUAACAGGGAUGGUGAUAGAUGUGUCAUUCGACUUCAUCGACUGGGACAAUCACAAGGAAGAUUGGACGCAGGGCCUUCAGAAUGGAAUCUGGGCCGCCCUUCGGUUCACCGACAACAUUACCGCAUAUUCUCUUUUCUAUCCUGACCAUGAAUCCCUUGCUGCGAAAAAGAAUUUCUCUCUUCCAGCCAUGAUACUAGAGAGUGGUACGAGUUCAAAAGAAAAGAACACAAUCAUUCUCGUUCUUCAAGAGGGCAACGGAUACUAUGAGCGGGCUGGGUUGAUCCGGAUGGCUAAUGUCGCGAGUGCAGAAGCAAAAGAUUCAAGUCGGGAAAAUGACGUGCAACCAACUGUGUACAAAGAUGCUUCGGGAUGCUGGUCGAGGCAUGCGCCAACAUGUGAAAGGAAAAAGUGGGUUUGGCUACAGGCAGCCGAGGAUAGAACCUUUCAAGUAUUGUAA